AUGGGCAACGUGGUCCAUUACCGGAAGCCAGCCCCCAUGUUUAAAGGGGGAAAUAAUUCGAGGGACACCAACAACAAGUGCGCUUACCACAAGGACGUGGGUCACAUGACCGAAAGAGUGUCGUCAGCUGAAGAACAAGAUCGAGAACCUGAUCAAACUAGGGCAUCUCCACCAUUGGGCCAGGCUGCCAACAGGGGUUCUGAGACUGCGAGCAGCUCCCAGACAACCUAUGGCUCCAGAACCGUGCCUCCACGGGUAGAUGGCCACGUGGCCACCAUAUCAGGUGGCCCGCAUUUGGGAGGGCCAUCUUGGAAUGAUCAGAAAAGAUACCUCAGCAAGCUCGAUCACGACCAUGAGGUAUGCCCCAUAGUCCAAACUCUGGCUCAACGCCCAAAGUUGAUGAACCUGCCCAUCACGUUCACAGAAGAGGAUGCCCGGAAUGUUCAUUUCCCGAAUCAUGAUCCCUUGGUCAUUGAUGUGAAAAUCGCCAACAAAAGGGUAUCCCGAGUUUUGGUGGAUGACGAGAGCUCCAUCAAUGUACUGUUCAAGCCAGCCUUCACAGCGAUUGGAUUAACAGAGGUAGAUGUGGCCUCAUGCCCAACACAGAUCUAUGGCUUCAAUGGGGAUUCAUUGCUCCUAAUGGGUAAGAUUCAACUACCCGUGAUGUUGGGGAAUAAGGUUCAGGGCUCGUUCAAAUAUUUCACUUUCAUAGUGGUGGACUACCCCACUACGUGCAACGUAAUUUUUGGUCGUCCUGCUUUAAUCGAUUUCGACGCCAUCACCUCCAUCCCCCAUCUCUGCAUGAAGUUCCCAUGCGAUAAUGGAGGAGUGGGAACUAUGCGAGGAGAUCAAAAAAGCACCCCAAAAGUUCUAUCACGUCUUUUCCCGACUAAUCUUCAUGGUCCGCGAAGAGUCUCUUGA